AUGAGCAUCAACAAAGAGGAAGUCGAAACUUUCUUGGAUAGCAAUCCAGAUUUUGCCAAGCAGUAUUUCGAGAAGAAACUGGAGGAUAGAGCCUUCUCCUGUCCCAAGAUGAACGGUGAACAGUCCUCAGAAGAUAGCACAGGUUUUGAGGGGAUGGACCCGGUAGAAACAGAAACUCUUUUCGAGCUGAUACAAGACAUGCAGGAAAGCAUCAACAUGGAGAAGGUGGUCUUCAAGACCCUCAAGAGAAUCAGUGCUCUCAUCAACGCUGCGUGGUGCAGUCUGUUUAUGUACAGGCAGCGAAAUGGCACCCCUGAGCUGGCUAGCCGGCUGUUCAACGUUCAUAAGAACAGCACUUUGGAAGAAUGUCUGGUGACUUCUGACUCUGAAAUUGUUUUCCCACUGGACACGGGUGUAUUGGGCCAUGUUGCUCAGACCAAGAAGACCAUAAACAUCCAGAAUGCUCUUGAGUGCCAACAGUUUAGUACAUUUGUUGAUGAACUCACUGAGUCUACUACAAAGAACAUUCUUGCCACGCCAGUAAUGAAUGGCAAAGAUGUAAUUGCUGUGAUCAUGGCAGUGAAUAAGAUCGGAGGUCCUUUUUUCAACAGUGCAGAUGAACAUCUGUUCCUGAAGUAUCUCAAUUUUGCCUCCUUGAACCUGAAAAUUUAUCAUCUGAGCUACCUUCAUAAUUGUGAAACACGAAAAGGCCAGGUUUUACUGUGGUCAGCCAAUAAAGUAUUUGAGGAACUGACUGACAUCGAAAGACAAUUCCACAAAUCUUUUUACACAGUGAGAGCAUAUUUGAAUUGUGACAGGUAUUCAGUAGGUCUCCUGGACAUGUGUAAGCAAAAGGAAUUCUUUGACUUGUGGCCAGUACUAAUGGGUGAAGUUCCACCUUAUUCAGGGCCUCGAACUCCAGAUGGCAGAGAAAUUGCCUUUUAUAAGGUCAUUGAUUAUAUUUUACAUGGAAAGGAAGAAAUUAAAGUUAUCCCAAAUCCCAAGGAAGAUCACUGGGCACUGAGUAGUGGCCUCCCUACUUAUGUAGCAGAAACUGGUUUUAUUUGUAAUAUUAUGAACAUAGCAGCAGAUGAAAUGUUUACAUUUCAGAAAGGUCCUGUUGAUGAAUCAGGAUGGAUCAUCAAAAAUGUUCUCUCAAUGCCAAUCGUCAACAAAAAAGAAGAAAUUGUAGGUGUUGCUACAUUUUACAAUAGAAAAGAUGGGAAGCCCUUUGAUGAACAGGAUGAAACACUAAUGGAGUCCUUAACACAGUUUCUGGGGUGGUCUGUCCUCAACACUGAUACUUAUGAUAAGAUGAAUAAAUUGGAGAAUAGAAAGGACAUUGCACAGGAUAUGGUGCUUUAUCAUGUACGAUGUGACCAGGAGGAACUUCAAGAGCUCUUGCCAACCAGAGAGAGGCUUGGCAAAGAGGUGAACCAAUGUGAAGAGGAUGAACUGAUGGAACUUCUAAAAGAAAUGCUUCCAGAUCCAGAAGAAUGUGAAAUCUACGCCUUUCACUUUUCUGAUUUCGAAUGGACUGAACUUGACCUUGUAAAAUGUGGCAUUCAAAUGUAUUAUGAGCUUGGAGUGGUGAAAAAAUUCCAAAUUCCACAGGAGGUCCUGGCAAGGUUUGUUUUUUCAGUCAGUAAGGGUUACCGAAAGAUUACCUAUCACAAUUGGCGCCAUGGCUUCAAUGUUGCACAGACUAUGUUUACCCUUCUUAUGCUCUUCAAGAAGUAUUUUAGUUCCUCACCUUCUCCAAAGACAACUCCAACCAUUAGAUCUCAAAAUCCCUUGGCAAAACUUCAUGGCUCAUCCAUUCUAGAGAGACACCAUUUGGAGUUUGGCAAAUUUCUGCUCUCAGAGGAGUCCCUGAACAUCUAUCAGAAUCUCAACAGGAGGCAGUAUGAACAUGUAAAUCACUUAAUGGAUAUUGCCAUUAUAGCCACCGAUUUAGCACUGUAUUUCAAAAAGAGAACAAUGUUUCAGAAAAUAGUUGAACAGUCGAAGACCUACAAUGAUCAGAAAAAGUGGGUUGAAUAUUUGUCUCUGGAAACCACAAAGAAAGAGAUUAUUAUGGCUAUGAUGAUGACCGCCUGUGACUUAUCCGCUAUUGCAAAACCCUGGGAAAUCCAGAGUAAGGUGGCAUUACUUGUAGCAGCUGAAUUCUGGGAACAGGGAGAUCUGGAAAUGUCUGUACUUCAACAACAGCCUAUUCCUAUGAUGGACAGAAGAAAAGCUGCUGAGCUCCCCAAACUUCAAGUUGGUUUCAUUGACUUUGUGUGCACGUUUGUAUACAAGGAAUUUUCAGAGUUCCAUCCUGAAAUUCUGCCAAUGUAUGAAAGACUGCUCAAUAACCGCAAAGAGUGGAAAGCUCUGGCUGAUGCAUCUGAAGCAAAGAUGGCCGCCUUGCAGGAAGAACAGAAGGACCCAAAAACAGAUGCUCCUGGAGCACCAAUGGCCAACGGAGGACCUGUUACCUCGUCUUCAACUUGUUGCAUUAUUUAGGUCAACACUUAACAUUGUAAGAUUACAAUAGGUCAACA